CGAAUCGAGCGAUGCAAUGUAAAAUUAUCUUGAAUAUCGCGCGCGCAGAACUGAAUCACAGGAGUUGAUUACUUUACGUCACAGUCAAUCAGUCACGUUGUUGGCGAAGCCCUUAGACGUUUAAGAACUAUUCAGUAUUCCUACCGUCGAUCGCGAUGUAGUUUAAUUUUUUCGUUAAAAUUAAGCCUGGCAACUGGGCAAGUUGCCGACUAUGAUGUGACUUAAAAAUGAUGUCGCUCUAUUCCAAGACGAGGUAGUUUUAGCUUCUUUGACGCGAAGAGCUUUCGACAAACAUGGCGUCCAACCGAAAAGACAUUAAUGACACUCGUUGCAAAACGUGUGGCUUGAUACAACCGUGCCCGUGUGAUGCGGAAAAAUCCAUUCAUGAUGCGGAUAAAAGAGAGAAGGGAGUGGAACAACCGAUUAUCAUUAUCAACAAAAGAAGACUAUCCAAAGGCAGGAGGCAUUCUUUUCCUGAGCCAGGUCUCCACGGAGGUAAUGAACCUGGCGAGGCGCGAGGCCGCCCGUCCCAGGACCAACAAUCAACAGUAGAAACCCUAACAAGACAUGCUAACCUGCAGUCUUCGCUGUCUACAGCCUCGAGAGGAGGCAGAGCUCUAACAUACCUCAGAGACAUCUUCGCAGCUAAUCCAGACAACAAGAUGGCGCUGAAACUGUUCGGGAAUAAAGCUGCCGUUCUUAUUGAACAGCGCCGGCAAGAGCAGAAGGGCAAGGGAGUGAUUCAUCCUUUCAGCACAUUUCGAUGGUACUGGGAUAUCCUCCUAAUCUGUUUUAUUUCCAUGCAUGUGAUUCUUCUCCCAGUCAGCAUUUCGUUCUUGAGUGACGAUCUUUCACUGCACUGGCUCAUCCUAAAUGGAAUCUCCGAUAGCAUUUUCCUCAUAGACAUUUGCUUGAAUUUUAAAACCGGAAUUGUCGAUCCUAACAAUCAAGAGGAGGUGAUACUGGACAAGAAAGUUAUCCGCCGGAAGUACUUACGAGGCUGGUUUUUGAUCGAUUUGCUCUCGUCACUUCCGUUUGAUUACGCGUACUUUAUCGUGUCAUCUUCGUCGGCGGAGCAAACGCUGAUCAAGGCAUCGCGGGCUCUUCGCAUCCUCAAACUUGCCAAGUUGUUGAGCCUUUUGCGACUUCUGCGUGUUUCGAGACUGGUGCGAUAUAUCAAAAGAUUUGAAGAGCUGCUUAACAUUGCCAGUGGCCAGCUUCGUAUCCUCAAGCUGAUUGGUUGUAUGCUGUUGUUAUCACACUGGAAUGGCUGUGUUCAGUUUCUUAUCCCGUAUCUGCUGGAAUUCCCAGACAACAGUUGGGUCGUGAUCAAUGGAUUGAAGGUAGCCUCUCCAGCCAGUCAGUACAGCUGGGCCCUGUUUAAUGCCAUGUCGCACAUGUUGUGUAUUGGUUACGGACGGUACCCCCCACAGACCAUUCCAGAGGUCUGGCUGACGCUGUGCAGUAUGACCAUAGGCGCCACUUUCUAUGCAGUGUUCAUUGGUAUUAUGUCGAGUUUGAUCAUGUCUAUUGAUUCAUCCGGGCGACUUUACAAUGAGAAGUUGAGUCAAGUGAAGGAGUAUAUGCGUUACCGGAAGUUGCCGCUACGUAUACGCCUCAAGGUGGAGGAUUAUUACGAACAUCGUUUCCACCAAAAACUAUUCGACGAGGACAUUAUACUGAACGAGCUCUCCAAGGCACUCAGGGAGGACAUCUUGGUCCACAACGUGAGCCCAUUACUUCACACGGUGCCCUUUUUCAGAAACGCUACUCGCCAGUUCCUCGCAGACAUCGUCAGCAAGCUCAAAUUUGAGGUGUAUUUAACUGGUGAAUACAUAUGCAGGACAGGCCGCAAAGGAGAUAAGAUGUAUUUCAUUCAAAGAGGAAUUGUUGAUGUACUCACAAAAGACGGGAUUUUGGCCACUAGUCUUGGAGACGGAUCUCAUUUUGGUGAAAUAUGUCUCUUAACGAAGGAAGCCCGCAGGGUGGCCUCGAUCCGAGCCGCGACAACUUGUAAUCUGUACUCGUUGAGAUCGCCUCAUUUUCAUGAGGUACUUAUGGAGUAUCCUGACAUGAAAGUAAUGCUUGAAGCAGUCGCCAAAGAGAGGCUUUCUCGGAUAGGACUGCAACCGAACCUGGCAGAGCCGCUGACAGAGGAGGGUAUGGCCGAAAGGUGAGUUAGAGGCGAAGGUAGGGUUAUUUACCCUUGCAGUGGAUUUGUACUUUCAAGAACUUGUGACAGGGCGCUUUUCACUUGAAUGUCGAAGAGUAGUUCGUAUUUACUUUGGUUUUACACUACUAUGCUUUGCGAUUGGUUUGAAAAUAUCGCGCCACUUUCACAUCCAAUUAGAAUUAAACUGAGCAAAACAAAUUGUGACUGGCUUAUAAACACACGUUUUCCCGCGCUUUUU